AUCACUGUGCGACACCGUCCUUAGUCUACGGUUGUUUGGGUUUAGCAGUCGCUCGCACCGAUUAUUAUUAUCCUUAAAUAUGGACAAAAGACUGGAUACAGACAACAUGGAGAUGCGUCUUCAGGAGCUGGAGCGGAGAAUUUACGGAGAAAGGAGAAAUAAAUCCGGAAAACCAGCUAAGGUCAGUUAAAAGUGACGAUUUUACCGGUAAAAGGAGGAUUUUAAGAGGAGCUAAGCUGCUGUUAGCGGUGUGAGGGGGAGAGUUAACGCCCUGACUGUGUCAAACAUCGUCUGUAGAGUCAUUUCAGGAGUAGUUUCAUGGUCAUUUGUCUCUAAAUUUCUUUUAAGUUCAUUUAUUUACCGACUAAAAGCUGAAGCGGUCAGUUUUUAAGGAGUAAAGUUCCUCAUUAAAACAUAGUCAGUCCGUUUACUGUUCGUUAAUGUUGUACAGAUGACAAAAAUGUGUCUAAAUCUUUAUAAAAAUUAACAUUGAGCACAUCUGUAAAUUACUGCAUAUACAGUCAAAUGCUUCAGUUAGUUUAUUAACUCUAAAUCGCCCAAAAACUAGUUAAAUAGAGUCUAAAACCUGUUCACUGAUGGUUUUGUAAACCUUAUUUCCCUUUGAGUGUCUUGACUGAUACGUGAACAUGUGAAAGUUUUCCCUUUAAACAUAAAAUACACAGAGAUGUAAAGGAGAAGUAACUGUAAGAAAAAUGAAGAUGGACGUUUUUGGCAUAAAAGUGAGUCAAAUCUGAUCAUGAGUUUGUAGCAGACAGAAGAAAGGAAAUCCUUCUUCUCAGCCAACAAAUGAUCCUCUCAGCAGAGCAGCAGAUGAUGGAGACUCUGAACUCUAUGGUGGCCGAGAGCUGCCACUGCUGCAAAUAAAAAAAGAAGCAAAAAAAAAAGAAGAAGAAGCAAAACAGAAGUCUCCAAUGCAAAAAAAAAAGAACCCAAAGCCCGCUGAAAAUAAAAAAGAAACAGUGCUGAUUAAAAAAAAGCCACAAAGGACAUUAACGACACAAAAGAAAAAAAAAAAGUGACUUUUUUUUUUGAUCUGCACCGUUUCUUUUUUAUUUUCAGCUGGCUUUGGUUUCUUUUUUUGCAAUGGUAACUUCUGUUUUGCUUCUUUUUCUUAGCAUUCUUUUUAACGUUGCCUGAUUUCUUUAGCAAAGAGACUAAACACAACUCACCUACUCUCUUCCAGCAGACGCUUUUUUGUAGCGAGACCUCAGGCCAGUCCAUUAUGGACUACAGCGGGGUGACGCAGCUCAAGGAAGAACAUUUAUGAUCAUUUCUUCAUGGAAAUACAAUCAGACCGAGACGCUAAGACAGAAGAACUACCGCGUCUGCAGUGAAAAUGAUUAAUAUGGUGAUUAUUACUUCAAGGAAAUGAUAAAGAAAUGAUCAUAAAUGUUCUUCCUUGAGCUGCGGCACCCCGCUGUAGUCUGUAAUGGACUGGCCUGAGGUCUCUCUACAAACAAGCGUCUGCUGGAAGAGAGUAGGUGAGUUGUGUUUAGUCUCUUUGCUAAAGAAAUGAGUCAAAGUUAAAAAGAUGUUUGGUGUCUAGUACUAUGACUGUGACCCUAUAUGUCCUGUUGAUGAAGUUAGGUGCUGUUCUGAGCAUUAUUUGUGGCUAUAGAGUGGCGUUUUGGUUGAGCGCGUGGCUCUCUGUAUUACUAUCCUGCUGAUGAUCGAUGAAAUAGUCAUCAGUAUCUGUGUUUUAUUGUAUUGAUUGCUGUUCGAAUUGAUGAGUUAAAAAGUGUGUCUGUCCAUUUGGUCUGUCUUCACUCUCUGCUCCUCCCUCAUGGAUAGAUACCAUGAAUUACCAACACAGACUUACCCUUACUGUCUGCCUGAGGAUCUGGGAUGUGAUUUAUUGAUUUCUGAUUUAUUCCUGUUACAGAAAUUUAAACCUGAGUAGAUAAGAGCGCGAAAAACUGGUUGGGUGUCAUUAAAAGUCGACAUAGAUCUUAAUCAGGCUGUAUCACAUUUUAUGGUUUUGCAUUUUAUUAACAUCUGAUAAUAAGAAACUCUCUUGAGUGUGUGUAAAACUUUAACUGUUCGUGCUCAUUUUUCUCUCCACCCCUGGGAUCUUUAGAUGUUGUCCUUCCUUUACACUCUUUGUUUCCUCGGUACAUUAAAUCUGAUCAGUGCUGCUUGUCCUGCAGUGUGCCGAGUCUCUGACCAGGAUUCAGGCGGGGCUGACCAACACUGCCAACAAGAGGGAGCGAGUGAAGAUCCUGCACAAGAAGAGUGAGUCACACUUUGAGUCCUCGCAGUUUUCUCUCUUCAUUUAUUUCUGAUUAUAUGAAGGGAUGCCUCUUCAGCUCGAUGGGAUGAUGCAUGUGUCCUGUUGAGAAGUAUUUACCACAGAGCUGUAAGAUUACUAAAACAAUUGAGUUUCAUGAGUCGGCAUUUUGCCACACAAACACAUUAUUUGAUGGGCACUGUAAAGCUAUAAAGAAAGAUUUAAAAGGGUUUGUUUCUUGGCCAGAAACAAAGUGGAGGUUAUAUAAGCAGUUUCAAAACAAUCUCCUGCAGAAUUCCUAACAGAAAUAAAUCUUCUUUUCACCCAGAAAAGCGAAUAAAAGAUCCUAAAGCUCGGUUUUCUUUGUAUAACAGUGUGUAGAUAAUUCUUUCAGUGAUCUUGGAAUAGGUAACUUUAAAAAAAUAUGAAUAAAUCUUCAAAUUUAAAGUAGAAACUGGAGUAGACAUGAAUGAAAUGACUUCAAAUGCCAGAUGAAUCCUUGCUGGGUUGUUUCUGUUGUCUCUGAUCAUGUUUUUUGGUGUUUUGAUGCAGUUGAAGACCUGAUGAAGUACCUCGAUCCCCAGUUCACAGACCACAUCACCGUACCUGACGCCAUGAAGCUGGAGUUCAUUCUUGCUGGUAAGAACAGAACUGUAAAGAACUCUGAUAAAAUUAUCUUUUAAUAUAAUAACCUUUGAGUCUUAUCGUUACCGUCUCAGUGAUUUGCAUGAUCUGUAUGUGAUUAUAAAGAAUGUACUUUAUAUUAUUCACGGCUGAAAAGACCGAAUCCCGUCUCGCUGAAAACUCACUUUGAUGCUAAAAUGUGUUCGUCUGCACAGAGGAGGACUUCCUGCUUUCCCAGGCUGCUUUGCUGGAGCAGGUCAGCAACUUACAGCCGCUGCUGGACAGCAACUACAUCAGAGGUGAGUGUCGCCUCGCUGGACAGCAAACAACGACUCCUUUUGUUUGGCUGUUUGAUCACCACGUGUCCUCUCAAAGCUGCAGUAUGUGUCAGGGUUUUAAACAGAACAGACUUGAUAGAAAUUAAACAAACGAAGUGUUUUUAUAUCACUCUGGUUUCAUGAUUGUUUCGUCUAGUUUCUCCACCUGCCUCUGACCACACUCUCGUUUCAUUUCCAUGCAGCAUUUAUAUACAAUGACAGCAUUUUGCAGCUUUAUUGUACAGCUGCAGGAUCAAUAACUGCGUCUGUCCUGCUCCUCCAUCGAACCCGUGUUUUCCUCUUACUUACAGAUGUACCAGAACACGCCACCAAACUGCAGCGUCUGUCACAGAUUCACAUCAAACAACAGGUAACCUUGUUUUCCCUCCUCUUCCAGCUGUUUGCUUCCUCCCCCCUUGAAGUUUGAUCUCUUUACUCUCUUUGUCUUCUUUCAAAGGACCAAACUGAGGCCCAGUCCCUGGAGGUGAAGAAGCUUUUUGAGGAAUACAACAAGACGGUACUUUUCUCUCAUAAAUACAAGAUUUCUGUCUUUUUAUAUCGGGGAAAUAAAACCAAGCACACGACAAAUACAGCAUUAGAAAUGUAAAGAAACAGUAAAAAGUGCAAAUCAAUGUUUCUGUGACAUAUGGGAUAACAGAUAUUAACCCUUGUGUAGCGGUGUGGCUAAAAAGAGCCACUAGGGACAGAAUUUAGCCACCAAUUUCCACCUAACUUUUUUUUUACUGCACCAAAUGGGAUGAUUUUUUUUGUGGAUGCUUAUAUUGAUGGACACUUUGAAAAUAUUACUACCCUGCAAGAGAUUUCCAGUUUAGGAUGAUGUUUUCUAUUAAAUAUCAGUCAGUUUCUCCUAUUUUUUCCCAAUUAAAGUGACUUUUUUUAAAAAAUUUGCCCUAAAAGGGUUAAAAUUUUGAUGCUUCAUGAAAAAUUUACUAUUUUUGAAUAGAGCAGGAGUUAAUCAAGAGAUAUAUGAAAAAAAAAUCUGGAAAAAAUAUGAAUCCAGUAUGUUUUUACAGCAGUCAAAAAAGUGGCUUUUUUUAGCCACUGAGCGUUAAGAUAGGAUGUUUUUUGGAAAUCUGAUCCUACAUAAAAAACUUAAAGGGCAUCAAAGUCAAUGAUAUUACUAAUCCUUUACAUAUUUAAGACUUUAUUACCCUGCAAGAGAUUUCCAGUUUAGGAUGAUGUUUUCUAUUAAAUAUCAGUCAUUUUCUCCUAUUUUUUCCCAAUUUUGGUGACUUUUUUUUUAAAAUUGGCCCUUAAAGGGUUAAAAUUUUGAUGCUUCAUGAAAAAUUUACUAUUUUUGAAUAGAGCAGAAGUUACUUAAGAGAUAUAUGAAAAAAAAUCUGGAAAAAAUAUGAAUCCAAUAUGUUUUUACAGCAGUCAAAAAAGUUACCAAAGGGUGUAAAUUGCGACGGUUACACAAGGGUUAAAGAGGCGGCGGUCUUAUCUCAUCCUAAAAACCAGUCUCAGAUGAAAAUUUGCAUUUUUUGCCGCAGUAUUUGCCAGUUUAUGCCUCAGUGGCAGCAGACGGAGAUAAAAUGAGCAGCUCUCCUCCACAGAUUGACUUUAUAUGACGUGUAUGAUCAUCAUUUCAGUAGAAUUUCGUCCAGUUAGACCAAAGUUUCAAACAGAGCCCAGACACCAGUAAAGGUUAAAACGUAGAGGAUGUGUAUUUGGAGCGUAACUGCAGCAGCAGCAGCGUCUCGUAUCUCGCAGCAAAUAUGUUUCCAUUCUAAUCAAUGCAGUAAAGCGCGCAGGACGCGUCUCAGCUCCGUCGCAGCAUCAUAUCGAGAGCAGCUCUGCUAAAGAUACGCGGCAAGUCGAUUUUUGCUGCUCAACGCUUCCAACACGCAUCAACCUACACAGAGAAAAGCGUUCUAGACAGGAAGUCAAGCACGAAAACUGCGCAUGUCAUCCGGUAUUUCAAAAUAAAACACCAUAUGCGAAUCUGGUAUAUGGAACUGCUAAAUCCAUCUGAAGGUAACAGCAUAAAGGAACAGAGUUUACUUUAUUAAACACCAGUAAACCUGCAAAAACACAAACUGGUAAAUCACUUCAAGCUUUUUCACAUAUAGUAGAGGCUCAACAGUCACUGAAUUAUAUCAGAAUUAUCAGGAAAUCGACCACAGAAAGGAAAAACUAUGCUGCUGCUAUGCUCCAAAUACACUGAUCCUGUAUGAGAUACACAACGAUGCUCUACGGAGCAAAUACGGAACAACAAGCUCGAUACGGAUCCUGGAUGUUUUCGGCCUUAAAACACCAAGUGCUAAUAACACAAACUGCUACAGGGAGAUAUAGCUCCACCCACUGACCCCUGACCUGUGAUUGGCAGAUGUUCCUGUUAUCAAAGCAGUUCACCCAGUGGGACGAGACCCUGAGGAAGCUGGAGGAGGCCAAAGGCAUCCGGCCUGUGGAGUAGCUGCUGCUAACACACACACACACACACACACACACACACAUGCACGCACACACACACAGGCUUCUGAUGAGGAUGGUGAUGAUGAAGAAGCUGCGCCGUGGUGGGAGUUUAGACUGGGCAAAUGUUGUUUCCUGAUGAUUCGGAGCAGAAAUAAGAAAAAAAACUCAAUAUUUCAUGACGUUGUUUUAAAUGACCUUCAGCAGAAUGUCCUGGAUCAGACUGAAUCACACCCAUCAGUGUUUCCCACACAAUGACACAGCGCCGUUAGAGAAGAUGGCGUCUUCUUUAUGCACCUGACUUUAUUUCAGUUUUGCAAAUAUCCCCAUAAUCACAGUUUCCCCUCUGCAGCCUAUAACUGUGUGAAGUUCCCUCUACAAGCCUUUCUGCGCCCUCCCUUAUACGACCCAGAACCCCUACAGUUUUUGGAGUCAUUGCAUCAACCAAGAGGGAGGUGCUGCUGGACCUCUCUCUCUUUCUGAUCCCCUUUCAGGUGCUGCAGGUGAUCAGAUGCAAAGAGAGACUGUGCAGGUAACUGAUUGCAGGUGGGGAUCGUAUAGAGGAUAAUAAAAUAAAGAAAAUUUGGUGAAUAUACUCGGGUAUCACUGACGUGUGGGAAACACUGAUUAAAUGUAUAAAACACAAACUGACUCAGACUCAGACUGGGCUGUAAACAGUUGAGGGAACUCGGUCUCAUGUGACUCCUCAUCGGUGGCCUGGAGGAACUCGCUCCCAUCAUGUGACGUGUGGCUCAUGCAGCUCUGAGAUGCUGCAGUUAUUUAUUUGAAGACAAAAGAGCUUCUUAUGCUUUGAUUUCAGCCUGUUAAACAUUCCUUCUCUGCCUCGACUCAUUCUCUCUCCUGUCCGAGCUCCUACACCCUCCUCAAGGCUUUAAAUUCUCCUAUAGAGACCACCACGAGUUCAGAGUUUCAGAUCUCCUCAUUUUUAAAAGGUCUUACAUGGUUAAUAUGUCACACUGCAUGGCUGUUGUCCCGCUAAUAAAAAUGAUAUCAUUUCUUUGACUUCUCUGGUGUAUUUCUCACUUUGCUUCUCCAGCUUUUCAGCCGAUGAUGUUUUUGAGUUAAGUCAUAUUUUUGGAAUAAUUCCUAUAGACAGGCAGAGUUUGUAGAUCCUGUAAGAGAGCAUCUACUCCUUACAACAGUGGGGAGAAUAAAACACCAACAAAGCUGCUGUUCAUAGUUUUUAAUCUUGAAUCCGUCAUACCACAUGAGAGACAAAGAGAACAGAAGUGGCUGACACGUUUUCAGAUGAUUGGUUGUUGAGAUAUUUCUCAGCCUCCACUGGGGCCUGCAGCUGGAGCGUUGUUCCCUUGUAGGGAGUUUUUAACGAACUCUAGCAUGUGUUUUCUCUUCAUCCUCCACUCGUCAAUGCAGAUGCCUUCAGCGGUCAUACCUAUCUGUGAACAGAACAGACAAGAGGUGAUUUUAUUAUUGAUUAAGAGUGUGAAAGAAUGAAAAGCUGCAAGCAUCAAGUUUAGUGAACAUAAAAUAUGAAUGUUAAUAUUCUCAAAGCGG